GCUUCUCACUGUUCUGCCCCGGCGCGUGCUCUGCCCCGUCUGCUUUGUGUUGUCAGGCAGAAAGAACGACAGAGCAGCCAGGGUGGCGUGUGUCCUGAUACACGGGCAGCCCCAUCAGCGAGCAUACUAAACAGCAGCCAGUCCAUUUGUUUGUCCGUUCUGUAACACAUAGGCGUAAUUUCUGCAACAAUGUCGGUGGGUCUGGAGUCUGGAUUCUCAAGCGAGGAGGUCUUAAACAGCCGCUUCCCUCUCCAUCGGGCGUGCAGGGAUGGAGAUGUCGGUGCCUUGUGCUCCCUCCUACAGUGCACCUCAAACCCGGCUGACCUGACGGUGGAGGACACCUUCUACGGCUGGACGCCCAUACACUGGGGCGCUCAUUUCGGAAAGCUGGAGUGUGUGAUGCGUCUGGUCCAGGUGGGCUGUGGUGUGAAUGCGGUGACCUCCAGGUUUGCACAGACGCCCACUCACAUUGCUGCGUUUGGGGGCCACCCUGAGUGCUUGUUAUGGCUACUCCAAGCCGGUGCAGAUAUUAACAGACAGGACUAUGUGGGCGAGACGCCCAUCCAUAAGGCUGCUCGUGCGGGCAGUCUGGAGUGCAUCAACGCUCUCUUGAUUCAGGGAGCGAAAGCUGAUAUGAGGAAUGCCAGUGGGCUGACUGCUACUGACCUUGCCCACGCCCAGGGAUUCCAGGAGUGUGCUGAGAUUCUCUCCAAUGCCCAGAACUUCCAGCAAAACAUGGCUCAGUCCCACAACGGGGCUUUUCUGAAUGGCAUGACCCAGAACGGGGGCCACGCUCACCCCACUUUUCAGGGACGCAGCUUCUUGAACGGCGUCCCAAACAGAAAGAGGUCGUUCGAUGGCAUGGAAGCAAACCCAGUGAAGAAGGCAAGACCUAACGGUCUGGGCAUGCCACCAGAGUUCCUGAAUGGGAACAAGCCACUGGGUGGUGCUGGAGAGGCCCAGAUGGAAAGCAUGAACAUGGAGUUGGCAGCAACUGUAACCUCAGUGGCAGGCGAGAGACACAGUGAGGAUUUUUCCUUAAAUGGUCAGGAUCAACCACAGCGUCCCUUUGGGUGUGACCCUGCAGCAGACAUCGUCCAUGGCCAACUAAUCUACAGUGACUCACCUGAGAACCACAGCAAUGCAGGCAGCCAGGUGGAGCACCAAAAGUCUGUGAAAGCAGAGGAGUUAUAUGACCACGCCUUCUUCAGCACCAUGCUUCUUUACCAUGGAUCCUAAUGCCAAAGGAUCUAGUUACCAGGCUGUUUUUUUUUUUUUUUUUUUGCCUGGAUCUCAUAUAAGCCUAAACAAGCAUUAAUUUGCCUUAAAGCCAUUGAAUGGUCUUGUUUUUCAUGUGUAUUAUUAUUUCUUGGAGAAAGGAGCAGUCCCAUUGUUGUGGGUGUGUUGACAUUUGUGACUGGAAGUUGAUUUUGUUUGUGCUGUCUAAAAGGAAGUGAUUGUUUAGCUUACUGUUCGAUUAAAUUGUAAAUAGCCUGGUUCUGAUCAACAUUAAAGUAAGCAUCUGUAUUGAACCACUGCCAAUACAUUUAGUUUCUGUCUCACCUAGAGGGGUGAUUCCUCUAGAUGUUAAUAAAAACACAUGCAAGUGCAUCCCAUGUUACUCAUUACUAAUUAAAAACGUUUUGCAAAAGUUAAA